CACGGAGCCAUGGCGGCAGCUGCCGAGGCAUCCCCGGAACUCUGGCAGUCGGCUGCGCCGCGGAGACGCUCUGCUACGCGGCGGUUACGGCGGAAGGAAAACGAGGCGAGAGGCCGUGAGACAGAGCUCGAGGCCGACACCAAAGUCGUGCUUCGUCGCCUCCAGGAGGCCGACAGGAACGAUCUGCUAGUCUCUGCUUUCUGGAGCUCAGCGCUAGAAACUGUCAGCCGAUGCCUUACAGAGCAGCUGGCACAGCAGAAGCCUCCCGUGCGGACGCCGUUGGAAGCCUUUGGAGACCUGCACCUUGACUCACCACUAAGUGAGUCCGAUGUGGCUCAGGCCUCCAGGCCAGGAGAAACCCUGGACACGGGAGCCUGCUGUGUGAAAUGCGUGUGUUAUGGCAUUGGGAACUUCGCCACCUGCAUCACAGCGAGAGUCCAGCUAGCAUUUCUGCUGCUCUUCCUGGACAAGUGCCAGACUCCUAGAAGUCACUGUUGGGUCUAUGACCCUUUGUUCAGCCCACUGGAAAUUGCGGUCCUUAACACCCUUGGCGUGACGGUUCUCAGUGAGAAUGAGGAAGGCAAGCGGAGCGUCUGUGGGGAGCUCACUAUCUUCUACAUGCUGCACUGCGGGACAGCCUUGUACAACAACCUUCUGUGGAGCAACUGGUCAGCAGAUGCCCUGUCCAAGGUGGUCAUCGUCGGGAACAGUUUCAAAGGCCUUGAGGAGAGGUUGUUAGCAAGAAUUCUGCAGAAAAAUUAUCCCUACAUUGCAAAGAUUUUGGACGGACUGGAGGAGGUGGAGUUUCCUCAGACUCCAGAGUACACGGACACAUUUAACGACACCUCUGUCCACUGGUUCCCCACACAAAAGCUGGAGCAGCUCCCCAGGGAUCUGUGGACAUUUCGAGAAGAGCCUGAUUACCAGGGCUGUGAGGACCUUGAGAUCAUCAGGAGGACAGAUCCCCUGACCGUGAACCCACCAUGAGACACUCAGCACAGCCUUGUGUGGAAGCUGCCGCAGCUGGACAGAAAGGCUGCUGCCGGGGGAUGCGGGGGAGCCCUUGGCAGGGGGCCAGAUGCCAGAGAUGAGAAGUGGGGAGACAGCAGGUCCUAGGACAACAUGCUGUGUUAAGGACUCUAUAAUAUAAAGAUGGACAGACUUCUAAAAUAGCAUUUUUACACCCUCCCUGCUGGCAUGGUCUAGUGUAGAGUAUCUCCCCAUGACUGUGUGACAGUGGGGGUGGUUCCAAAGGCCUACGCAUGUUGCGCAAGUGCUCUGCCACCUGAGGAGGGGCGCCUGGGAGGUGACUGGGUCACAGGGCACUGUGCUUUAGGACUGCCCACAGAUGUGAGCUGAGUGGGGCCAGCUGCUAGGGCCUUGCCCCUAGGGACGAUCUCUUGAAGGCCUGAGCACGUCUGCUCCACUACGCCCUCUGCUGUGUUUCUCUCCUGCCACCAGCAAUGCACAGGCUUGUGAGACUUCUGGCCAAUUAAAGCUGUCCUCCUCCUAAGUGCUGGUGUUAGAUGUUAGGUCCCA